AUGAAUCCCACGAUCGCCUGUUUUCUUAUUAGCCUGCAGUUUACUGCUUCACUCUGUGACCAACGGACUGGUGGUGUCUGUCCUGACUUCACUGCCACAUUUGUUGCAGGGAUAGACCAGACUGUUGACGAUCCUAACGUCCUUAUCAGUGAUCCAGAGCAGACCUUCUUCAAGGAGAUAAUGGGGUUCAGAGAUGAUGACAUUCAACAUGCUUUUGACGAUGCUGUCAAAUUUUUUUAUGACAGAUACGGUCUCGACUUCUCCCUCUCUCAACCAAAUGAGCAAAAUGUGCAUGUCCUUGGAAAUGCAACACUGAGUCUGUUUCGAAUCGUAGAAAAUGUUCACUACCUGCUGGUGUUGAACAACUGGAUCCAAACUGGAAACACUCGUACAACGUGUCGGGACAUUCAAUUCGGAGGGUUACUGCAGAGAUCUCAGGGGAGGACAAAUCCCCUCACUGAUCAGACUUCCACCCUCACCCUCUCCCCUCCCUCCCUCCCUCUCUCCUCCCAGCCUGACAUUCAGAGACCAAUGUCCUCUGGGGCACAGCUAACCUCUCACUCGCAACCUCUAAAGAGCAGGUGA